UUGCUUGGUUAUAUUUUUUUUGGACAUAAAUAUAGGUUGCCAGUUGUCAAUGUGAAAGCAGAAGGUAAACCAGCUGUUACGAUAUGUGUUUGCAGAAACUUACAAUUAUCAUGAUGUUCAGUCUAUUGAAAACUGGAUUCCUGAUUUACUCUGGUGAACAGAUAAGACUUGUAUGCAAAUAUAGAAACAAUACAGAAAAAGUAGUAUGGUUAAAAAACAACAAAAGUAUCAAUUUUAAAGAUCAGCGUUAUAUUUUAAAAAAGGCCGGAAGAAUUUUAAGGAUAAUAAAUGUUAAUAAAGAUGAUAUUGGUGUAUAUUCUUGCAACGAUGUCACUACUGGGAAGUCUGUCAAAGAAAUAAUAGCAUACAAUGUUACAAUAGUUGAAGGAGAAAAGCUUCAUUUUUCGAAUCCAAAGGAGAUGCAUCUAAGUAGUCACACAGUCUCUCCUUCAGGGGCACAAGUUACGUUUUCCUGUAAGGCUGAUGGUGACAAACCUAUUACAUACAAGUGGUUUAUAAAUCAUAAAUUAAUGUUGAGCGGAGAAUGGAGAGAAGCGUUAAUUGAUGACCAGUCUGUCUUGCAAUUAAAUUCAGUAUUUUCAUCAGAUUCUGCAGUUUACACCUGUCGUGCUGAAAACAAACAUGGUUUUAUUGAGUUUAACUAUACACUUAAUGUAUAUGGUAUUCCCAGGGCAACUCCACACCUUGAGAGAACUGUUGAAAACCAGACCAGAUAUGUUGGGGAAAAUGCAAGUAUAUCAUGUUACACAGUCACUGUGCACACUGAGUCAAUUCAUUUUGGUUGGUUAAAAUGGAAAAGUAGUUUGAACAAGACAUUUUUGAGAAAAGUAAAACAUUUAAGAACAAAUGACAUUGAAUACAAUGAAUUCAAACUUUUGAAUAGUACUUUAGUUAAGCGAACAACUAAUGCCAUGAGAUCGAACAUGGAGAGAGUAACUUUUUUUGGUUCUAAAAUCACAUUAGUAAAUGUUAAAUUGAAUGAUGCUGGGUAUUACACUUGCUUGGUCAGUAACCAUUUAGGAAGUGACAGCGUUAGUGCAUAUUUGAAUGUUCUACCAACACGCUCAGCGACAGAAUUGGAUAAAUCUGCUACAACUUUUAGCAGUUUCUUUAUAGUAAUCAUUGUUUUAUCAAUUGUUAUUUGCGUGUCUCUUUUCAUAUUAAUUAAGUUGUGGAUAAAAGCAAGAAAGCAGGGAAACAAUGUAGUUGUAGAGCGAGUGCACGCGGAAGAGAAUGAUUACGUAAGAACUGAUGAACUUUCAACUUUGUUUUCUGAGUCGAGAACAUGAAAUUUUUUAACUGGCAUUGGCCGGUAAAAGACUUCCGUAAGCCUUCACCACAUUGGUAACGCCCAUUAUUAUAAAGUUGGAUUGGUAAGUAUAUUUUUUGUGUGUGCCAAUGUAAUAUUACUGUAUUUUCUCUAUUUGACGCCCUAGUCGUUUAAUUAAUUUUCGAGAUUUUAGGGUGGGCGUUAAUUGGAGUGUUGCUUAGAGAGUGGGCGUUAAAUAGAGAGAAUUCGGUAUGUAAGUACUUUGUGUUUACUCGAUGUUAUUUGUAAAUGUUAGCGGUGAAAUUAUUCCACGAAAGGGGUGUGGUGGAUAGACUGUGUGCUGUCUAGUAAUGUUUGGAAAAAAGAUGUUGAAACUACUGGCGCAUGUAAAAUGUGAGUGUCUCAAGACAUACGUUUUGUUGGAACUUUUUAUAAGAAACUUAAAAAUAAUUUAGGUAGUUUAAAAUUCAAUUUUACCAGUAGGACUGCCUAGGAUGUUAAAUACAUAUACCAUGGAUACUAUAGAUAGUAUCCAUGGUAUAAUAUGGUAAAUAAUUAGGUCAGAUAUUUGAGAGGAUAUGUGCAAUUUUUUAUUUUUUAUUUUUAACGUCGCGUUUACAUCUUAAUGGUUGCCCCUACCAACCUUUGAAAUAUGUUUUUAAAAUCAUGCUUAAUAAAUAAUAAUUUAUUAGAGUUUUUGGCGAAAAUGUUUAAACACCAUUCCAUCAUUUCAAAGUGCAUAUAUAUUUCUUGUUUUCUAUAUGCCCAAUCCUUAAUAUUCGUAUUUAAUAUUAAAGUAUUAUAAGUUCUUGUAUGUUAUUGGAUUCAAGCAUUUUUAUAUAAUAAAUUUUUUUUAUAAUAAAUUUGUAUCGCACUAUGUUUUUGAGUCAUAGUUCAGCUGCUUUGUGGUUUCAGUUUUUUAGACAAAUACUUUCUAUUUGCAACAACAACAACGUAUAGGCCUUCAGGUUUUCAGAAAAGUAACAUUUUGCGUUCCGUUUUUAAAUUUUUUUUUAUUAUAAAAUAACUUUUUGUAAUAUUUUUGUAUAAUUUUUAUAUAAAUAAAUCACUUUUUGCAUAAAAUAAAACUGUACUAAUGUUGAUUACAUCUUUUUAUAUCAUAUUUUUUAUGUCGUAUUAUAUUUAUAUUUUUCUAUAAGAAACAGUAAAAUUUCAGUGAGCUUUAAUGUUCUUAUUAUUUUCCUGACUUGAGCCUAAAUUGUUCUUAUUUCUUUCUUAUUUAUGUGGCGUCUUUAUAAACACACCACGCUAAACUGUUUUUUUCAUGGCUGUACAAGGAAUUUUCCUUGUGUAAUUUUUUGCAUUUAGGUUUUUAUUUCACACGCAGAGUACUGUAUAUGUUACAUUUGUUCAGUAAAAGAGAUUAUAAAUGCUUAUUUUGUAACUACUUGUAACUUUUGUAACUGUAUUAUUCUGGAAAAUGGUUUAUACUCUUUCUACUCCUGCUACACAACGUAUUCCUUAUUUUUCUUUUAGACCUGUUUUAAUGAUGAUUUUUUCCUCAAAUAAUUAUUUUUACUGAAUAAUUUUUCAAUAAAAAUUAAUUGGAGGUAACGUGAAUUUCAAAAAAUCUCUUUAAUGGCCGUUUACGACUUCUCGGCGGAACAAAAAGGAGCAGAAAGUUUCUGAACAUGCGUACUUAUGAUGUUUACAAACGUGAAUAGAAAAUCUCUUGUGCGUUCCGUUCCGUGGAAAGUAGAAUUUAAUUUAACCUUUUCUUAGCCAAUCAGGUUACUUUGUUUCGUAAGAAUUACGAAAAGUUGUACACUGUUUGUGUUAAAAUGUGCCAAGUGGUAUAAAGUGGAAA